AUGUUUGACGAUCAACCAAGGACAAAACAAGAUGCAAGAAAUGAAAGAAUUGAGGAGGAGGAUGAAAACAAUUCUGAUGAUGAAAUGAAGAUGAUGAUGAUGAUGACAAUGAUGCAUGAUAAGCAAUUAAGAGCAGCAAAUGCCAAUGUGGAUUCACCUAGUCAACCAAAAAGAAGUUUCCUUAAAAAAGGUGAAGGGAUUGCAAGGUUUGAAUCCAAACCUGGACAGCGACCUUCUAAAGUGAAAAAGAAAAGCACAGUGGCUGGUGUUGUUAGUAAGACAUCGAGUAAACAGGCCUCACAGAAAUCAGAGACUACUAGUGCACACACAAAACCCGGCAGCAGCAAGGCCGCUGGAAAACCACCAACAAGCAAUAAAAACCAACCUGGUAAGAAGGUUGCAGGUCAUGGGUCAAAGCAACACAAGACUGAUGAUAAGAAGAAGAAUGCGUCUAAAAAGUCUCCAGGUAAUGACGCAGAAAAACAGGCGAAGGUGAAGGACGUGUCAGGAAACGAGGACAAGCAAUUGAAAGGGAAAUUGAAGCGUGCAGAUUCUUUUCCUGAUGACGCUUCAUUUGUAGCUAAUCUAAAAGAGAGGCAGAAAGAAUCUGAGCGAGAUAUGGAGGAACUGGACGAGUUUGAGAUUCUUGAACACUUCGCUGACAACAUGUCAUUUUGUAGUAACUCCUCAAUAGUAACCAAAGGUCUACAUGGCUUACAGAAUGAUAGAAUCCUACCCGGUGUUAACCCUAAAAGUCAAGAAAUAGGAAGGUCAAAUAGUCCUCGGGCAACUUUAAUAAAGAAAUUGGAGGAAGAAAAAAAGGCCAAACAUAAAAAACAGUUGGAAGAACAGUCUAACAUGAAGCAUGGAGGUUUAAGGUUAAACUCAGAUAGUGAAAGAAAUACUGGUGUUAGAACUUUGGAAAAUAUGCUGAAAAAAGAAGAUGGGCAGAAAAAAGAACCUGUGAAAGUAGAUGCUGCUGAGACUGCAAUAGAUGAUGAUAACAGUGAUGAAUAUGAAUCAGUGAGUGAUAGUAGUGAUGAUUCAAGUGAUGAAUCCAGUACUGAUGAUGAUGAUAAGAAUGAUGACUAUCAUAAAAAUGAUCAAAAUGAUAUGUAUGGUGUUCUUAAACAAUUCGGUAUAAAGGAUGGCCGUGUUCAAAAUUUGCUAAGUGAAAAGACUAAUAGUAAAGGGAAGAAUGAUUCUGUGUGUUCAACUGAUAAAAAGCUGGAGAGAGUGUUAAGUUACACAGGGUUUACUGAGUCAAGUAGUGUUUCUCAGACAUCGGAAUCGGAACAGGAAAUCGAUUUAGACGAUGAUGAUUUUGACUUCUCCGAUAAAGGAGAAGUAGAAACUAAGGAACCACCGAAGUCGUUGACUCGGAAAGUGGCCGGGAGAGACGAUAAAAAUAAGUUUCCGUUUCAGAAUCUGCCGUCAGAUAAAGACAUGUUACAGGUUAAUGUAAUCGGAAGUGCCUUUAUGCCGAAAGCAAAAUCUCCGGGUGUUAUCUCAAAAGAAAAGGUUUCAAAACCGGAAACUUUCACACAUAUACAACACGAUAUUCUAAAGGAAGAGACUAAAUUUUCGUAUCACUCGGAUUCUGACUCUGUAGGCAAUAAACAUAAUGGGAGUUUGAGUGACGAAGACGAUGAUAAAUCUAAUGAUGGAGAUAAAAAUUCUCGGAAAUCUUUUGGCGAGAAGAAAACAUUGCAAUUUGAUGACGAUGAUGAAUGGGGGGAGCUAACACCGAAAAUUUUGAAAUUGAGAAAACGAAAAGAUUCUGAAAAUGAAAAUGAUAAGACACUCGUAGAAGAUACAGAUGUGGAUAAAGAAGAUACUAGACAGGGCAAGCAUAAGAGCGACGAAAAAAGUGGCGAGGAUACCCCACCCACAUCUAAACUAGUAUCCAAACUUUUCCCCAGUCUUAAACCAGCGCAGAAAAAACAAGAGGAACAGAAUUUAGAGAAGAUACAGUCUGUAUCACAGGCUGGUUCAGGAGAUGGUGUCCAGUCUAAGAUUCUGCGGGAUAAAUUGAUAGAGCUUGAGAGAGAGAUUGAGAAAUUUAGGAAUGAGAAUAAACAUCUUGCCACACUACGCAAUGAGAGAGAACAGGGCUUGCAUGUUCUGAAGAAAGAAAUAAUGGACUUUGAAAAGGAAAAGGCAUUGGAGCUAAGACGCAUUGAAGAAUUUAGAAACGAGGAAAUGAAAAAACUGAAGCAUGAGAAGAAGAUGUUUGACAAGUAUCAGAAAGCUGCUAGAGCAGGUCCAGACAAGAAAGAAAGGGAAGAAAUAGAAAACCUUAAGGCACAGGUGUGUGAACUACAAGAGGAGAUGAAGCGUAAAGAGGGCCGCUGGACGGCCAACAACGCUCGCCUACGUGACAAGAUAGAUCAUUUAGAACAAGAAAAUGAGGAAUUAAAAGAGGAGAUUAAACUUCUCGAGAAGAAACGUCUUGAAUGGAUGCAGAAAGAUCAAAAGAACAAGGCACGGCCAGGUGGACAGAAUGUGUUACGCAGCAGUACACCGACAGAGGAGCUUGAACAACUUACAAAUGGUUUUGUUGAACAUGGUUACAAUGAUCUGUCUGCAUCCACCACCAUGCGCUCAAAUUCUAGUCACAAAGCUGCCCAGCAGCAGCAGCAGACGCAGCAGCAGACGAAAGUAAACAUUCGCUCAACUUUUCAACCACCAGCUAAACAAUCAGGUCAUAAUCAGGCACAGUCUACACAUAAUAAACAUUUGAAUGUUAACCAGUCUGCAAAAACAACUGUGAACCAUACUAAUUCAAAAGUGAACCAGUCUAAGAAACUUAAUACCCAUAGUGCAAAGCCAGGUCAUCAAGUGCAUGGUCAAGGUCACAAACCAGGUCAUAAGGUUACAGGUAGAGGUAACAAUAGUGGGACUUCUGGAAAAAGCUCAAAUUCUAGUGACAGUAAAAAUGUGCUACGCAAUUCUUUAGCCGAGGAUCUCCCAAGGCGGGAACUUGGGACAAUGGCAGAACCACAGGAUUUGAGUAUAUAUUCCGAGACUGACGGCGACAUUGUAUCUGCGCCUGCCAACAUGCCACGGAAAUUGGCCGGAAGACCAGGUGUAGAUAAAUCUGUGAUAGAUAAGGGAGAUAAUGACGAGUAUGACGAGAUUCAGCACAGCGAUGGAAAGGUAGAGAGAACGUACAGAAAUGGUGCUAGAGAAAUUUUGUUUUCAAAUGGUACGAGGAAAGAAAUCUCAGCAGAUGGAAAAUCAAUUAUUGUGUCAUUCUUCAAUGGGGACAUGAAGCAGAUUAUGCCUGAUCAAAGAGUGAUAUAUUACUACUCUGAGAACCAAACCACUCACACUAACUAUCCAGAUGGCCUUGAAAUUAUACAGUUUCCAAAUCAACAAACCGAGAAACUGUACCCUGAUGGCACCAAGGAGAUAACAUUUCCAGACCAGACAAUCAAAUAUAUAUUUCCAAAUGGCUCCGAGGAAAGUAUAUUCCCAGAUGGUACAGUUAUACGUCUUGAAAAGAAUGGUGAUAAAACGAUGGAAUUUCCCAAUGGGCAGAGAGAAAUACAUACUCAGGAAUAUAAGAAACGAGAAUACCCGGAUGGCACUGUCAAAACAGUAUACCCAGAUGGUCGCCAGGAAACCAGAUAUUCCAAUGGAAGAUUACGUGUUAAGGAUAAAGAUGGAAAUGUUAUUGUGGACAGACAAUGCUAGCAUUAUUUCCAUUUAGAAUAAUUUGCCUAUAUUUAUAAUUGUACAAUAGAUAUUUUUACAGAUAUUUUUACAGAAGUCCUAGACUAGAGUAAGGUACACUUAUACAUGUUUGAUGAUUAAUUUCUUGCCAUAUUCUGUUUGUAGAGAAAAAUAAUUACAGGCUAUAUUUAGCCCUAAGCCUGAUUCUGCCCAUGUGACCAUUGCAAACUUAGAUCAUUCCGCAUGUAUUGGCCAUCUAAUUAUAGUCUUCACUGUUUGCUAUUCAGUCAGUUCUUAUUUUGUAUACUUUUUUUACCUUUCCCAUACAUUGAUGUUCUUUCUCGAUUGAAAGAUGACUUAAAAGAUUGGCAAUUUCCAUUUAAGAUUUUUAGGUAAGAGGUUAAAAGUAGUCUAUAGAAAAACAUGAUAAAUGUACAUGUCUUUCAUAAUUUGAAUAAGGUAAUUUGUUUGUUUGUUUCAUUUUACGCCUUUUCUCAACAGUAUUUCAGUCAUAUAGGCGGGUAGUUUCCUAACCAGGUAAAAGAGAUGUAAUAACUUACUGUGUUCAACCAAGUCCUCAUAUAUCAUGAUUUCUUAACAUCUUUGCUUCAAUGGCAGAUAAACCGAAAUGAUUUCAGCUGGACUUUUCAUAGUUUACCAGUGCUUUAUAUGCUACUCAUGAAAUAACAUUUGAGUAAGAACUUGCAGGUGUCUUCAUAUUUAUUUGACACAGAGGGUAUUCACUUGAUAUGUGCUCAGUAUCAUUUGUUUAGGUCAUAGGUCAAGACACGUAACUAUACAUUUUUACUGGAUUAUACAUAAGAUUUUCUUUGGCAACUUACAAAUUACUGGUUUAACCUUUUCGGUGUAAGUUCUAUGUCUUCAAUCAUUGAGAGUGUAUGACUGAAGCUUCAUUCUUGUCUCUUAAGUAAAAUUUGUAGUAUCAUUUACCAAGACACGUAACUGUAGCAUGCAUUUUUAAUGAACUAUUCCCUUCUGUAGGUCUAGAAAAUUUCUGCAGGGCUAAAGUUUUACAAGCAGCAACCUGAAAGUAGUUUAGGGUGCCAACUGUCUGACAGCUAUUGUUUACUUUUUUUUGUAAUGCUUUGACGCAUGGUGCUACAUAACUCUGUUCAAUAUAUUCAGAUAUAAGACUUGUUGGUACAGAUAUAUAUAUGACAUUUCAAGUAUACACACAUUUUAUUUUAUUUUGAGUAUAUUUCUUACGUAGAUAUAAAUCAAUAUUUAUUCUUAGUCUUAAAAUGGAUAAAGAUCUUUUUCUUUGGAAUUUUUGCAUCCCCUGACAAGAAAAUGUAACAUUUUGAAAAAGCAGUUAGAAUUGUUUUACGCAAGUAUCUUUUUAUGCCCCCACUUAUAGAUUGGUCCAUAUCCGUCUGCCCGGCUGUCUGUCCGUCUGUAGAUAAAACAGUUGAAUGUGGGGACAUUAGUGUCCUAUAUACAUAUUUCUACCAGUACUUGUUAUAUAUAUAUUGUUUGUUGGAUGUUUAAGUAGUGCUAUACCUACACUGUAUGUAUAAUAUUCAUUUGUUUUAUAGAUGUUUUUGUACAUUUGCUAUGUAAAUGGUACGGACAAUUAGACUAUUGAAAUGUUUUCAUGAUGUCGAAAUAAAAUACUAAAUCUUAUACUCUACACAUAAUUA